AUGGGUCAAGUUCAGACCAAGACUGUGAAGAAGGGCAUCAUCAAAAAGUGCUACACCCACCUGGACAAUAACUUCCACACCAACAACUGUGUGUGCGAGGAGAUCGCCAUUAUCCCCAGCAAGAAGCUCCUUAUAAAGAUCAUGGGAUAUGUUAAUCAUCUGAUGGAGCGCAUCCAGAGAGGCCCUGGGAGAGGAAUCUCCAUCAAAUUGCAGGAAGAAGAAAGAGAAAGGAAGGAUAACUGUGUCCCUGAGGUCUCUGCUUUGGAUCAGGAGAUCAUUGGAAUGGACCCUGAUCCCGAAGAAAUGUUGAAACUCCUGGACUUUGGCAAUUUUUCCAACCUGCAAGUCACCCAGCCCACCAUUGGGAUAAGCUGUUCAAUGUUUACAUUUGCCUUCUUUGCAAUAAACUUGGGAACCUCCCCCCCUCCAGGAAAAAAAAGUCUUCACAAUGUGGCCCCUUUCCAUUAUUCUAGUCUUCACACAUGUUACUCUCCUCCGUGUACUUUCUGGUCCAGUCACAGUGGCCUAUCUAUUGUUCCUCAAACCUGA